AUGGACUUCGAGUUCACCUCUCGACCAAGCAGCGUCGCGAAGCCUGCAUGGGCGUCGGGCGAUGAUGAUCCGAGCACCCCACGAAAACGACCUUUUACAGACGCGAACCCGCCUCCUCCAGCCUUCCCCACACCCUCGCACGCAGGUUCUUUCCCGACCUUCGGGCAGAAUAGCCACGUACCAUUCUUGUUCAACGAGCCCAUCCCACAAACACCACACACGCCCGCAUGGACACCACCCCCGAACUUCUCGCCUACCAAAGCCUUCCCUCAGCCCGAGAUCCACGAUGUGGACAUGGCCGACUCAAGCCCGUCUAGGCCAGGGGAGCAAUCGCCUCAUAAAGGAGACGACAAUGAAGGGGAGGGAGAGCGAGCUAUGGCUCUGGGCGCCGUACGGCGCGUGUACAGGUCACGACAGAGGGCGAGGGCACGCAGUAGAGCACCACGGGGUAAGAGCCGAGGCUUGGAGCAGGAUGAAAGCGACGUACCAGCGGGGGUAGUAACGCAGAACACUUCUAACCACUACACACUUAAUCUGCCUGGGCCUUCCGCACCACAAUCCGACCUGCCCUACGUGCUGCUCGGCUACUUGCAGUUCUUCUUCAACCUAUCACUUAUCCUGGUCUUCCUCUAUCUUCUCGUCCAGUUCAUCCUCACGGUGCAACGGGAUGUUGAGCAGCGAAUUUCAGAGUAUUCAAUGGAGAUCGUACAGGAGAUUGCACAGUGCGCCCUGCAGCACAAGUCGAAUCUCUGCGCCACAAGUCCGAUCCCUGCGAUGGCGCAUCAAUGCUCGGCCUGGGAGACAUGCAUGAACCGCGACCCAUCGAAGGUCGGUCGGGCGCGCGUUGGCGCGGAGCUCAUAGCCGAAGUCGUGAAUGGAUUCGUUGAACCCAUAAGUUGGAAGACCCUCAUAUUCACCCUCACCUCACUCGCCUUCCUCACCGUGUUCAUCAACGCGCUUCUGUCUCUGUACCGUGCGCGUAUCAACCCUGCAACACAUCAUUCCCCCGCACAUCCACCGAUGCCGGCCUUCCCCGUUGCACCUCCUGUCGCGUAUCCGCAACCACACCACUAUUUGUCGCCUCCGCCGGAAUGGAGCAAGUCGUGGUCAGCCGCUCAGGACGACGUCCCUCAGACGCCGAGUAGGAGACGUCGCCUGGAAGGUGGCAUGGCCAAAAAGAUCAGUUAGAAACGCCUUGACAUAACGGCGCUCUGGCAUUCUAUGUAGACGUGGAAGGGGCUUCAUGUGGUAUCUCCCGAUGACACUGUCUUGGUUCCUAUUUGCAUUAACAA